GCAUGAACUUUCAGAAUUAUGGAGGUCAAUUCCAACAACAACAAAUGGACAUACCUCCUGCAACAGACGAAGAGAAUUUGGAACUAGCGAAUAUGAUACUAGCAGGGCUUAACUCUGAUGACAUCCUGGAUGACCCCCAGAUCUUAUGAAUGGAUGUCUUUUAUAUAGAAAUAUUGCAAGGAGUUUUUGAUCAAGAUUUUGGCCUCCAAAAUGGAGCAAAUGUGCAAGAAAUGGCACUUAAUAUUGAGGAUUUGUUAGGACUUUUGAGGGAUACUUCUCCUGACAUAGCACAAUAUCCGAUUUCAGGUGCCGGGAUUGUACAAGGAGAUCCCACCCAGAUUAACUUACUCUUAGAGAUCAUUGCCUCUCUUAUAGGAUUAGAUGAGAUGUUGGCAGAGGGUGAAGGAGAUAUGAUGGAUGAGCAGGAUCCAGAACAAUUGGAAGAGUUAGCUGAAAUGCAACAGAAAUUGAUGAUGGAGAAUAAUCAAAAUACUAUGCAAGGAAGAGGCCAAGGAGCAGGGACUAUGCAUGGUGAUCCUAGGGAUAUUAGGAAACAACGCAAGGCUGAGAGGCAGCAACAGGAGCAAGAAGAGAAUUUAAAUAAAGGAGGUAAAUCUCCUCAGAAAGCAAAGAAAAAUAUUCCAGUCUCUAAUAAUCCUCUUGAUCAAUUUGCAGCUAUGCAUUCUGAUGGGCUUGAUCAGGAAGAACCUGCUGAUGAAGUUAAUAAUCAAUUUGGUAGUCAACCCCAACUCAACCAAUUUGGUAACCAACCUCAAUUAAACCAGUUUGGCGGACAGCCCCAAUUAAACCAAUUUGGAGGUCAGCCUCAGCUAAAUCAGUUCCAACAGAACAAUCCUCAGCUAAAUCAAUUCCAAGGGAAUAGUCCACAACUAAAUCAAUUCCAGGGGAACAAUCCUCAACUGAAUCAGUUCCAAAACAACAAUCCUCAGUUGAACCAGUUCCAGGGAUCUAGCCAGCCUUUAGGAGGGGGUGGCCUCGUCCCCUUCGGGCAGGUUAGCAAUCAGCCAUUUGGAGCUGGAGGAGGCGACCCUCUGGCUCCUUUCGGUCAGGUUGGGAACCAACCUAUUGGAGGAGCUGCCGCAGGCACCUCCCCCUACGAUUUCGAGAUCGAUCUCGAUAUUCCAAAGGAAAUCAAGAUUCCUCCCAAUAUAGAGACUGAACUCGAGGAAGAAGAAAGCGAUGAAGAGACUGAGAGUGAAAAGGAUAAGAAGGAUGAUGAACCAGAAGAAGGAAAAAUUCAGAAUAUGAUCAAAAUGGUAGAGGAUAAUGGAGAUGGCAUGCCGAAAGUUUGGGAUCUCAAAGAUGCUAGUGAUCUUAGUGAGAAUCCUGAUGAGCUGAUGCAGCCGGCAACAGAAUUUGAUAAUGAGCCAGUUGAAGACCCACAUAACAGUAGUUCUUAUGAAAGAAAGAUCCAGGAAAAGAAGAAAGUAAUGAACACUACUGAAAGUUUUGAUCAUGUAUCCAACUCACAAGCUUCAAAACAGGUAUCUGAUAACCUGUCAAGAAUACAAGACAAGCAAAAGAAUAAUGACCUCCCUGUACGUCCAAAAACCAGGAGAAAAAUUGAAGAUCAUGACGAUGCUGUUUCCUUAUCAGAUGAUGGACUCAUCUUAGAUGGCCUAGAUGGUGAUAACGAAACAUCAAGAGCAUCACAGGUCAAGAAGGAUGACAGCAGAUCUUAUAUUUCAAACCUCAAGAAUUUAAACAAUCUUCGAGAUAAAAUUGCUUCAGAAGAUUGGGAUCCACGCAAGGAUUUCAAAGCUACAGAGAAACUUAAGCAACAGUAUCUCAAAGAUAAGUCAAAGCUAAAUCCAGAUGAGAGAAGAAUAGCUGAGCAAAGCUUGGUUUUCAAGAAGAAAGAGUCUUCCUACUCAAUCGAUUCUGAGGAGGAUAAAGCAUCUAAUAUUAGUGGGCUUAAUAGAUCAAGCGAAAGCAAAUCAAGAAAGUCAGCGAGAGACCCAACACCUGAUAAUUUAAAGAAUCCGGCACUGAAAAAGUUGAGCACUAUUAGAGAGUCCAAUGAGCAUGAAAUUAUCACACCAAUGAACAAGAAAAUCGGUUAUGAUGGAGUCAUGGAGGAGAGCUACACUGAUGACCAGAAGGAAAACACCAGUUCCAAUGAAAUGCCAGAACUUGACGGAGAAAUGCUAGCUAAAAUUAGAGAUCAGCUCCUUCUUCAGAAAAUGUAUGAGGAUGAUCUUACCAAAUUCAAGAAAUUUAAGAAGAAGCAGAAGAAGAGGAAGAAGGGUAAGAGUAGGGCAUAUAAUUAUAGCUCGACUUUUAGAAGAGAAACUUCUAAUACAUUUCACAGACCUUCUACAGCAAAGUAUCCUAAGAAAAGACCUAAGGGAUUCGAGGAUAUAUCUCAAAAGAGAUACCAAGAGAUCGUUGAUGAAGUAGAGAGAGAACAAAAAUCAAGAGAAAGAUCCCAGAAGAAACGUAAGAGGCCUCAGACAGCUCAUUACCCUCUCAAAAGUAAAUAUGAGUCUUCUUACAAGCCAAAAUCUAAACCUAAGAAGAAGAUCAGCAAGAAGGAGAAGGAUGAAUAUAUGCAGGUUAUUAAAGAAUAUGAAGACGUACUUAAGGAUAAGGUCAAACAAAAGAAGAAGGGUGCAAAAUCUAAGAAAAAGCCAUAUACAUUGAUCUCAAAACAUAAGGACACAAAGAGUUCAAUUACUGACCCAUAUGAGAAGUUCAUCAGUUUCUAUCCUUCAAGAAGCACAGAGCAGAAUAUUUUUGAUCAUAAAGCCUCUAAAUCGACAAGUAAGGAAGAUCUCCAGAGUUUUCCUCUAAAUGAACAAAAAUUAAAGGACCUCAUCAAGGAAGGUGUAAAGGAGGCAGCUGAGGAGCAACAGGAGGUGCACGAGCAAGACUUAUUUGUCGGAAAGGCUAAGCCAAAGUUCUAUCAAGCCUACACUGACCUAUCCAAAAUUGUAAAAGAAGCACAGGGGAAGUUCAACAUCACAGUUGACAAUAGAAAGCUUAAUGAGGAUGAGAAAAACAUCAUCCUGAAAUCUAAAAAGAAAUUCGAGAGAAUGCUAAAGGAUGAGCUUGUAGACCGCCGGCUGCAAGCUAGGAAGAUGAAAGAGAAGGAGAAGCGUAGACUUAAGAAUUUUAAACGUGAAAUGAAAAUAGAACAAAUUAAGAAAAGAAAGCAGAUGGAAGAUGUCAUCAUGAAUGAGAAGAAACGCGUCUCAAAUAUUAAAGCAAUGGAAGAGAAAAACCAAUAUAAGCUGAAGAAGUUAGCUGACAAGCAUGAGAAAGAGAGGCAGGUUGAAAGAAGGAAAAAGGAAACCCAAAUAGAAAGAGAAGUCCGGGAUAAGAAUGCUUCUUCUAUUCAAGCCUUGACUAAGCACUACCAGAACCAAAUUGAGCUUGUUAGAGGCCAACUUGAUAGUCUGAAAUUCGAGAACUAUAUCGCAGAGACUGCACAGAAGGAACAGAUCAGUAAAAUGAGACAAGAAGUCAGGGAUCGGUAUAAAGCAUAUACUUCUGCUUAUUAA